GGUAAGAAAAAGGAGGAAAAGCCACUGCCUAACUACGUAUCUGUGUUCUCAAGCAAAGCUCCCAACUCGACCAACCAGAUUAUUGGCAGUCGAAUGAAUACUGAACUUGGCAAGAGUCUGGUAAACAUGGAUUAUUUCUUCAGCAGUGGAACACGAAAAAAGAAACUUGAGGGUGAGCUCCAGCUUUCCUAG